GUGUGUGAAAUGAACUCAGUAGAUCACUAUUAUAUGUCAAGUUUUGAAUGAACUUUCAAACUGAAUGGUUAUCUAGACAGAUAACAUUGAUGAUGAGGCUGAGACUUGAAUCAGGCAAUAUGAGCUGUCGAGAUAUCACUUACAUAAUAAACAAUGGAGUGUAGUCAGCCUCAUUUAGAUGCCAGUAAUAACUUGGACACAUUAACUAGGCCAGUAGUGUGUCUGGGACCAAAUGGUUUAAAACGCAACAAAAAAUACAACAGUAAAUGUGUUUGUUAUGAGGAUAAUAACUGUACAUCCGAUGAAUGUGUGUCUCGUGACAGUGGCUUUGACUUUGAAGCUGACGAACGAAUGAACAGUGUUGAUGAUAUAAAUUCAAACCAUUUGAAAAUGAAGGAAUCCCCACCCCAUUCGGUGUUAAAUGAGGGGCGAGGGAAUAGUGAGUACACCGGAGGUUCUCUCGUGAAGUGGAGGUUACAGAGCACUAAACCUGACGAGGAAAACGGCAAUCAACCACCAUCCAGAAACUCCCUCCACUGGGACGAGUUCUUUGGAUCUUCAUUGGAUUUGACACCAACUCUGUUGGGCAUCUAUGACAAGAUAGCAUCAGCCAGUCACAAUGAAGAAAACUCAGGAAAUGACCAAUCAGACUUUGAUUACUUUCCUGCCAAUGAGAAUCUAGAGGAUGGCAAGAACAACCGUUGCCAUUCUCCAAAACCUUCACCUCCUCUAAACAGUAGGCUGCCUAGCAACAGAAAGGUCAGGAACAUUCAUGAGCAAUCAGUCAGUGGGAGACCUGACUGGGACCAGUCUGUUGUAAAUAAUAACAAGCAGAAGAUGGACACAGGAGAGAACGAGUCUGCUGACAACAAGAAACGUCCACUCAGCAUCAGCUCCAUGUCCUCCUCCUCCACAUCCUCAUUGCCACGGCAGCGGAAACGACCAAACCUGAGUGAGUACAGCAGCUCAGCGGCAUCCAGUCAGCUGGACAUUGAGAAGCUGGACAAUCUGCUGUAUAUUGAUGACAACCCUGAGGCUGAGGUCCCAGAACAGAGUGCUGAUGAGUUGUCUCUAUGCUCAGAGGACAAACGCAAAUCAGGCGGGGACUCAGACUCUCAGACAUCCACAGACCAACCAGAACAGGACCAAGAACAGACAGCCGAAAUGUUAAACAGCACAUUGUCAUUCCACCAAUCAGAUUCCAGCUUAUCAUAUGCACCAACUGAUUCGGCCAGUUGUAGCACAGCAGAUUUGUCCUUGACCUCUGACCUUAUAUCCUGUGAGAAAGGAGUAGACAGAGUGAAAAGGUCACCAUCUAGGACAUCACAGAGGUCAGGGGUCAUGUCAAGGUCAGGCUCUCAGAGGUCUGGUCACUAUGUGAGCCACGUGCAAAGGGUUGUUACAGAACUGGUGGAGACAGAGCGGACAUAUGUACUCAACCUGCAGGAUAUCAAACAGGGCUACUAUGAGUACCUUCGGGCCAGUCCUGAUCUGCCGAUCUCACCAACUGACAUGGAAUGUCUCUUCAGCAACAUUGUCCAGAUUUAUGACUUCUCAUGUGAAUUCCUUCAGCACCUGGAGGAUUGUGGGAUGGAUCCCAUCAAGGUCGCUGACUGUUUCGUGGACAACAAUGCUGGCUUCGUCAUUUAUGCCGAAUAUUGCACAAACUACCCAAGUGCAGUGGAUGUGCUGACACGUGUGAUGUGUGAUGGGAGACUCAGCGAGGUGUUUAAGCAGCGGCAGCUCACCCUUGGGCAUGGGCUUCCCCUCGGGGCCUUCCUCCUCAAGCCUGUACAGAGAAUCCUCAAGUACCACCUUCUCCUACAGAACAUUCUGAAGCACUACAAGAAGUCAGACAUAGGCUACACCCAACUGGUGGCGGCCCAUGACCACAUGACAGCCAUGUCGCACGAGAUAAACGAGAUGAAGCGUCGGCACGAGCACGCUGUGCGUGUCCAGGAGAUCCAGAGCCAGCUGGAGGACUAUGAGGGUGAGGACUUCACACAGCUUGGUGAACUCCUGCUUGAGGGUUCAUUUCGGAUGUUUGGAGUGAAGGCUUCUCGUCAGAUGUUCCUUUUCGCGAAGGGCGUCAUCAUUGCCAAGAGGAAGGAAGAUGGCAUGCUGAGCUGUAAAGCCUAUAUUCCUUGUGCGACCCUAAUGUUGGUGGAGAGUAUUCCCCGUGAGCCACUCAACUUCCAGAUCCUGCCCUUCAAUAACCCGCGCAAUGCACAUACCAUACAUGCUCGUAAUCUUGACCAGAAGCGUAAGUGGUGUACAGAGAUGAAACGCCUGAUUAUGGAGAGCUUUUCCAGCAAGAUUCCCGACAGUGUCAAGGACCUUGUCAUCGAAAAACUUGGGAAAAGCAAGGACGAAGAUGCGCUGGCUCAGACAGGGAAUGCUGACUCCGGAAAGAGUCAUGUGACCACGCCAGACUAUCUGGAGAAGAGGCUGAGAGCACGGAGAAAAUCAGGGACUGCUCUUUUACAAGAAAUCCUGAGACCCCAAAGAACUAAGAAACUGCAGGGAAAGUCUAGGGUAAGCUCACUUUUUACAAUUUCUUCUACCGGCGGAACCCCGAGUCCAAAGCCCGGUGUGUUGGAGAGCCUCAUGUACAAGGAGGCAACCCAUUCCAACAAUGCUGUGGAGCACUAUGGCUUUCGUAACAACGUCCCCGGCAUUCACAAGGCCGGUAAGACCAGUACUCCAAGAGCAAACCAGGAAAAUGUCUCCCCUGCUCGUAAAUCACGCCGGCCAGUCAGCAUCCAGCGCAGUCAGAGCUUUCAGGACAGUGGGCCUGCAGAGGAGUAUUUGUCAGACAGACAUGGAAUGGAUGCCAUUUCAAUGGAUAAUCUCAUUAACUCUGAUGGUCCGGUGAUUCGUAACCCUAGUUUUCGCAUGGCCACACAAGUGUCUCCUAUAAGGUUUGAUACCACAGACGGUUUAAUACGAGAAAGCCCAGAGAAGUCACCAGAAAAUGUGUUUGUAAAAGGUGUUCUUGUUGAUCAAAAGAAUGUGGACAACUUACCGCCAUCUGUGAGGAAAAGUAUUGAAAACAUUGACAGUGUAGAUUCUGGAAGGAAACUUACCCUCAGUCCACAGGAUGUGUUCAUAGAUAACCAGGAAAACUUGAAUGGUAGUUACCUGGAGGAGAGCAGCCUAAGGAAACGAGGUCGGUAUGCCAGCAUGCCUGCUCUGUCUGGGGAGCCACCUGGGUCUCCCAAGAUCUCUCGUCUUCACUCGGAGAGGCUUCCGAACAGCCCCUACCAGCAACAGAAACUACCCGUUCACCAUGCACGGAGGAUAGAUAUCAAGCCUUACUUCUCCUUUAACAAAGACAGUCAGUUGACCAAACAUGGUGGGAACAAUGAACAAAUAGGGAACAAUUUAAGCAAAGACCAGAGACAAAUUAAUGCUUUUAAUGAUACUUUCUCAUUGAUAAGGAAAUCUCAGGAAAACAUUUUUGAUAAGAGUAUGGGAACAAGACCAUUAGCACUUACCCAACCUAAACCAUUUACAUCUACAUUAAAAUCCUCAGCUGGUCUUUUGGACUCACAUGCCAGGCUGAACAAGUGGGGCCAUGAGAAAUUCACUAAAGGCUCCAUGUUAGAUUUGUCUCACCUCAAAGAAGAUCCAUGGGUGCCAAAUAAACAAAGAUCUUACACUGAGUCUCAAGUCACUGUUGAACACAACUAUAGUCCAAGCCAUGAUAGGCCCUCACCAGUGAAGCAAGCCAAUAAACAGAUCAAUAGACUGAGUUUAGAGCAUAGUGAAAGAAGACAUGUCAGAACUAGAUCUGUUGGAGGUAUUGAGGCAAACUCAGACUCUGCUGACAAUCUGGACUGGAUUGUUUAUGCCAACAGGAAUUCCAUACCAAUCUCAGACUUCUCAACUGAGGAAAUGAGCAGGAAGUUUAAGUACUGCACCCCACCUCGUGGAUCCAUGAACCCCCCACCAGCUGGUAGCCACACCACUGACACUACCCAGACCAAGAGCUCCGUCCCUUUGCCCACCACCCCGGUCCGCCAGCCCAGCUACCACUAUAACCGGUUCACAGACGCCACCAUGUCGGGUGACAGCAGCAUCUCACUCUCGGCCACUACCAGCAGUGACACAUGCAGCAGCCCUGACGUGCUCAAGGAGGCUGUUUUUGAUGAUUCCUCGUUCACGAGAGACCGCUCCAAUGUGUCACGCUCAUUCUCUAGCCCCAUUAAACAUGCAAAGGGCAGGCGACACAUGCAUGAUGAGAGGCCGGCCUCUGCUGAUCUGCUUUGUGAUGCCGACCAUGUUUCUGACAGUGAGAAGCUUGUAGCAGAGAUGGAGCAUUACCUGAUGCGUUCCACCUCCUCCAGUGGCAGUCUAAGCUCCUCAAAUCUACGCUUUCCCACAUCCGUUCCUACAUUUGAGGUUAAAGCCGAGCAUCAUCAUAAUAAGAACCGUGAUUCCUGUCUUUCCACUGGGUCCAAUUCAUCAUAUGACAGUACUGGUGAACUUUCAUCUGAAGCUCAUUCAGAGGAAGGCAUUGUGGAUUCUAUAAAGACCAAAAUCAGCAACAUUGCGUCCAAGUUUACAGGCAGGCGUGUGCAACAGUCAGAGGGUGCUUUGUCAAACCUCAGCACUUCACCUUCUAAAUUGAGCCAUAACUUAAGUCUUAAAAUGAGAGGGGCUCCCUUAAAGUCUGGGAAGACAGACCUGCCAACUCUGCUGAGGGAGAUGGAACCUGGUAGUGAGGCCAUAGGCUCUAGGAUGGCCAACACUGACCUAGAUGACUAUGCCACAUUCUCUAUGUCAAAAACUGAGGGCUCUAAAGAUGAGACCAAGCCACAGCAGCAGCCAAGAAAAAUUCAGUAUGGGAGGUUUUCAACAUCGGACCUGAUUGCCAAACAUAACACCCCAAGUCACAUGACGUUCCAGUCAGAAUCCAGGCUUUGUCCUCAAGUGCCUUCUUUUAAGAACAUUUCUGUGGAGCAGUCUGAUUCCGCAUUUUCCAUUCAGAGUGCUGAUGUGGAUGGGAGUUCAUCAGAUGACUCCCCCAGGAAUGAAGUCCGCGUAGAGCCAAUCAAAUCUGUGCCAAAACCCGAUACCAGUGAUACAUUCUAUGAGCGGAGGCUGUCAGAGGCCCUGAAUACUGAAGAGGCUUUUCGGGACUCGGCCAUCUACUGCGAUGAGGUCGAUCCGCAGGCGACUUCUCAGCCUGGGGGUCACCAGACACUUGCUUCCAGACACAGCAUCAAGUCAUUUGUGCAGCAGCUAGAGGAGAAGAACAAACAGAAAUUGCCUCCGCCAGUGAAGGUACGCCCUAAGGAGCCAGGUGCGAUGAUCAAACAACGAAUGGAAAGCCUAGCGGCCAGUACUGAUUAUCGCAACAAGAGUGCGGCCACCAGUCGCAGCAUCAGUACCACCACAAGCCUUACACACAGCAGGUGCUCUAGUCGUGCCACUAGCGAGGAGAAAACCCAGCCCAUGACCUCAGCCAGUCUGCAGGCAUACAUUGACAGUAAGUUCCCUGCCAACCCAGACAUACAGCACACUGAGGAUGACCUGGGGUUCCGGGGUAGAGGGGGUGACUCAAAAUUUCGUAGUAGGGCCACAUCCACUGGCGGAUUGUUGAAACCAGCUUUCUCUCUUGGAAGGUUGGACAUGCAAAGCUUUGAUGUGGAUAAUCUUAUCAUCAUGAAAGGAUGGGUAAAAGAGCUCAUUGAAAAGUUUCAACAAGGGAAGAAGUAAAUAUGCAAAUGUAAUGAUGAUGGUGCUAUGAUGUUUGUGAUAAUAAGGAGACUUGUGUAGUUUUGGGUUUAUGGUGUUUUAUUUCGUUCUGGCAACAAAUUUCAUUUGUUUAUUGUUUGACUGAUAACGGAAAAAUCUUGUUUUACUGUUACAUGUACAUUGUUUCUUGCAUAUUUCUUGAUUUUGAGUACUUUACGUUGGUUCAAUGUAUAUAUGUUAUCCUAGAAGAGUCAUAUUGUUUUGAUUUGCAGAAUAUGUAUCAUUAACUUGUUAUGUCAGAAUGUUUUUCUCUCUUCCUUAUUAAUAGUGCAAUUUAUAUGUUUUUUAUUGUUUUAAACAUAUUGAGAUAUGUGACAUAAACUAACAAAUUUCUCAUGUUUUACAUGUUUUAUAUAGAAUAUAUUUGAAUAAUUAUGUACAUAUAGAGUAUGUGCCUUUUGCAGUUCUUCAUUUCUCAUUAAAGUUUUUACAUGUAUCUUAUAAACUGUCACAGAAAUAAACUGAAGAAUUAGGGUA